AAUGACAACUGAGUUAUACUAUGCUAAAAUUUUCUUUCUAACAAUUUAGCAAAUGACAAAUGAGUUAUGAGAAAAUAAUACCAUAUAAUUUUUAAAAGCAUAGCCAUUCUUAAAUAUUUUUUGAAUAAAUAAUUAUUUUUAAAUUUAAUCAACUGAAAAUAAUAUUUGUACAAUUGUAUGAGUCAAAUUCUACUUUUAUUGAUGCAUGUUAUAUAUUAGUGCUGCAUGUUUUAGGUAACAUUUUAAUGAUGCACAUUUUUUAAAAUCUCUAUUAUUAAAAUUAUGCACGUAAGGAUAACUCAUGAGUUUUCUUGGUUGAUUAAAUGACAUUAUGUCCAAAUUUAUUUAACGAUAUUUUAUUAAGGUAACGGAAAAAGACAAACAAUAAAAUAGGAAGUUUAAAUUCAUUUAAGCAUAUUUCAUUAAUUUAACUGAAAAGAUAAGAAAUAGAUUAGGUAGUUUUAUUUGUUUUAAGAUAUUUCAUAAAUGCAACUGAAAAAGACAAGCAAAAAAAUAGGAAGUUUAAUUAACGAAGAAAGAACAUUUUCAAAUAGGUAAUUCUCUUUUAAUAAUAUAGAUUUCAUAGGAAAAAAAAGAGAGAAAUUUCAUAGGGUAUCUAGAAAACAAAAAAUAGAAAAGAUGUUAGGAAAUUUUUUAAAAAUAUAUUAUAUUAUAAUAAUGAACAUUUAUUGUUGAAAACCUCAAAAUGAAAACUUAUGGAUAAACAUGUUCUUAAAAAUGAUUUUUUUUUCUUCCUUCUUAAUAUAAUUGAAUAUUCUUAUCAAGUUCCCACGAUCACCACAAAUUGUGUAUUUAACCCCCAAAAAAAGAUAUAUGAAAAUGGAGAUGAGAUUAAGACAUGCAAAUCAUAAUUAAACUCUAAUUAAUGCGAAGAUAAGGUCAAGAGCUGUUCUUUGUUUAAAGUCAUCGCUUGCUUGUUGACCUUUUAAACCCCACGAAUUGAAUGCGAGCCACGUGAAGAUGUAAAUGUAUAUACCUUUCCUGUCUUUCUAUUUUGUUUUCUCUCAGAUUCUGAAAACUUUAAUUCACGAAAAAAGUCAACAACUCGUAAGAAGCAAAGCAGACCAAGAAGAAAAUGGCAGGAGGGUCGUUUGGUCCAACGGGUGUGGCUAAAGAAAGAGCAGAACAGUACCAAGGGAAAGUCACUAGCUAUGUCAUCGUCGCUUGUCUUGUUGCAGCCAUCGGUGGAUCCAUCUUUGGAUAUGACAUUGGAAUCUCAGGAGGAGUCACAUCAAUGGAUGAGUUUCUUGAUCAGUUUUUCCAUACGGUUUAUGAGAAGAAGAAGCAAGCUCAUGAGAGUAAUUACUGCAAAUAUGAUAAUCAAGGAUUAGCUGCUUUCACUUCUUCCCUCUACUUGGCUGGUCUGGUUUCAACUCUGGCCGCUUCACCCAUCACUAGAAACUAUGGAAGGCGUGCGAGUAUUGUUUGUGGUGGAGUCAGUUUUUUUAUUGGAGCUGCUUUGAAUGCUGGAGCUGUGAACUUAGCAAUGCUCCUUGCAGGAAGAAUCUUGCUUGGUGUUGGCAUUGGGUUUGGUAAUCAGGCGGUUCCUUUGUAUCUAUCAGAAGUGGCACCAACACAUCUCCGAGGUGGUUUAAACAUGAUGUUUCAGUUAGCUACAACUCUUGGAAUCUUCACAGCAAACAUGGUCAACUACGGUACACAACAGCUUAAGCCUUGGGGAUGGAGACUCUCUCUCGGCUUAGCUGCUUUUCCAGCUAUGCUCAUGACGCUAGGAGGGUAUUUCUUACCCGAGACACCAAACAGUUUGGUCGAAAGAGGGUUGACGGAGAGAGGAAGACGAGUUCUAGAGAAGCUAAGAGGUACCAAAAACGUAGACGCCGAGCUUCAAGACAUGGUAGAUGCAAGCGAGCUUGCGAACUCCAUCAAACACCCUUUCAGGAACAUUCUACAGAAACAGCAUAGGCCUCAGCUAGUUAUGGCUAUCUGCAUGCCAAUGUUUCAGAUCCUUACAGGGAUAAACUCAAUCCUCUUCUAUGCACCUGUUCUGUUUCAGACAAUGGGGUUUGGAGGAAACGCUUCUCUCUACUCAUCAGCUUUAACAGGAGCUGUUCUUGUCCUAUCAACGUUAAUCUCCAUAUCACUAGUGGAUAAACUAGGACGGCGAGCUCUUCUUAUCAGCGGAGGGGUGCAGAUGAUAAUCUGUCAAGCCAUAGUGUCAGUGAUCUUGGGAGUUAAGUUUGGAGACAACCAAGGGCUGUCAAAAGGGUACUCAAUAAUAGUAGUCAUCUUCAUAUGCCUCUUUGUGGUAGCUUUUGGAUGGUCAUGGGGACCUCUAGGAUGGACCAUACCGAGCGAGAUCUUUCCAUUGGAGACACGUUCAGCUGGUCAGAGUAUAACGGUUGCUGUGAAUCUUCUCUUCACUUUCUUCAUAGCUCAAGCUUUCCUCUCUUUGCUAUGUGCAUUCAAGUUUGGAAUCUUUCUCUUCUUUGCUGGAUGGGUCUCAGUGAUGACAAUCUUUGUCUACUUCUUGUUGCCUGAGACCAAAGGAGUGCCUAUUGAAGAGAUGACACUCUUGUGGAAAAAACAUUGGUUCUGGAAAAAAGUAUUACCUGCAACAAAUCAUGCAGCUGAUAGUAACAACAACGGUUCUAUAUAAACUGAUUUUGUAAGGUUAUUAGUCUUUUUGAUUUUGUCAAGAAGAAUCAAGAAAUUUGUGUUUAAGAUUUUAUUGCAUAUGUAAUAACAAGUUGUGAUCAUCA